ACUUAUCCCUCACGGGGCCACAUUUGGCCACAACAUUUUGAAUUUUGGCCAUCUCUUGCAUUACGGUGGCUUUGCCAUCAUCCCCGCUGCCUGCUCAUUAAGAGGGCAGCUCGUUAAGCUGAUGAGGGCAGGGGUGGUGGUGGCUGCCUGAGCCGGGCUGCCCGUGGGUGCCCACCUCAGCGUGCCCCACUCCCGGUUUGCUGGUGCAGGGAACGCUUGCAGCAGCAUUCCCAUCUCCAGAUGCCUGCAGACGCCUGUGCGAACAGCGGCGUCGCUCCCGGCUUGGCCGCUGGCGAGGGGAGGUUUUACUGCUUCAAGGUUUGUUGCAGGGAGGUGAUGCAAAGAAACACUGGAGCAUCCUGACUCAGCACCGCAGCGCUGGGAGACCCGUGGGAAAGACACGGAGCGUCUUCUCUCGGCGUCAGGGCAUGCGUAUGCCAGCAGGGGAUGAGCGAGGAGCAGCUCCCUGCGUCUGCCCACUGCCCCACCACACAGGAGGACACCAAUGUCUCAGCCUCUGCCUACCCCCUGUACUGGGUGGAGCCGCAGUUCACGCCAGCAGCGAAGGUCCGUGUGAUCAUCACAGCCAUCUUCUUCCUGCUGGCGGCGGGCAGCAACGCUGCGGUGCUGGGCAGCCUGCUGAGGAAGAGGAGGAAAUCCCACGUGCAGCCGCUGAUCCUCAGCCUGGCCCUGGCCGACCUGCUGGUGACGGUGACGGUGAUGCCCCUGGACGCGGCGUGGAACGUGACGGUGCAGUGGUACGGAGGGGACAUCUCCUGCAAGGUCCUCAACUUCCUCAAGCUGUUCGCCAUGUACGCGGCCGCCCUGGUGCUGGUGGUCAUCAGCCUGGACCGGCACGCGGCCGUGCUCCGUCCCUUCUCCCGCGCCCACCGCCGCAAUGGGAUGCUGCUCCGCGCCGCCUGGGCCGGCAGCGUGCUCCUGGCUUUGCCCCAGCUUUUCCUGUUCCACCUGCACACGAUUCCAGGAGGGAACUUCACCCAGUGUGUCACGCACGGGAGCUUCCGAGCACACUGGGAGGAAACUGUCUACAACAUGUUCACCUUCACCACCCUCUACAUCACCCCCCUGAGCGUCAUGGUUGUUUGCUACAUCCGGAUCCUCUGGGAGAUCAGUAGGCAGCUAAAGAUCAAUAAAGGUCUGACAAGAAGUCAAAAUGACCACAUCUCCAAGGCACGCAUGAAGACUCUCAAGAUGACCGUAGUGAUUGUAGCCACCUUCAUCAUCUGCUGGACCCCGUACUACCUCCUGGGCUUGUGGUACUGGUUCCAGCCAGCCAUGAUCCAGAAGAUGCCGGAGUACGUCAACCACAGCUUCUUCCUCUUUGGCUUGCUGCACACCUGCACAGACCCUGUCAUUUAUGGACUCUACACCCCCUCCUUUCGGGAGGAUGUGCAGUUGUGCCUCAGGGGCAUCGAAACAGCCAUCACCAGGCACAAGAGACACAAACCCAUCUCAGCCCCGGAGAAGAACAUCAAGGAUGGUGUUGUAAAUGGUGGAGUGGCAUCAGGGGGCUCCAAUGGGACAACUGUCAGCGCAGUCUGAGGGGAGACGUACCCACAAGGAGAUGGGAGGCACAGCUUUGGGGCUGCUUUGUCCCAUAGGAUCAUUCUGCAGACUGUUCUGAGGAGGUUUGCCACCCAGCUUUGGUGGGUGAGGGUCUCUGGCCAGGAACGGGGAACGCAUCUCCUGCCUGUACUCAGGGUGAAAAAUAUUUGGGGGUAUUUCUGGUCAUUCUGCCGUAUUCUGGCAGCCCUGUGACAACUAGAAAAACAUCCUUUUCGUACUCUGCACAUGCUCUAUCCCUGAUUCUGGGAUCAAGCUUCUACACACUUCCAGCAUCCACCCCUGGGAGGAGACUCUGUGGUCCAGGACCACCUCCAUGGGGUGUCCAGUCUUCAAGUGCCCCUUGCACCUACACCUCGGUGUGGAGAUGCAUGGAUGGUGUCACCCUGAGGCUGCAGAGGUGUGAUCACAGGCUUUACUCUGUUUUCUCCACCCACUGUAGGAAAAGCUCCCUGGAAAUUUUGGAUCUCUGGGCUCUCCCAUGGCUGUGUGACAAGCCUGGGAAAGAUCUAAAUAUCUGAGGGUUGACUAAUGCAAGGGUGUUAAUUCUGUGGGGAUGGAAUGGCUUGGACAAGAGGGGUACAAAGAACCACAGUGGGAUAGGUAUGGGGUAGGGUUUUUCUCCCUUUUGGAGACAGCCAGAAGGGAAGACAGUCCCUGCUCCAUGUUCCAGUGUGCAGGGGAUGGCAUGGACACAUCCUUACACAGCAGUUUGGGACACAGGGCUGACCAGGAGGGAGGGUGUUUGGGGGUUGCAGGUUGCAAACCACUUGCUGGACACAUCUGCUUUGCCCAGUGCCAGCCCCUUGGCUCUGCCCCAGCACGGCAGGUGCAGACACCCCACAGGUGAUUCCAGAGGUGUCCCAGCAGGGAAGGUGAUGGGAAACAGCUGGUGGGUGGAGGGGCUAUCAGCACUUAUUAGUGCCCAGGGGGGAGGCUGACACUCUUUGGCUGCACUGUGAGGGCAAGGGAGGCUUCUGGAGGGGCAGCUGAGCUGUGGUGAGUAAGAUGAGUUUGCUUUCUACCACUGUGCCAAAGGUUUGCUUGAGAAUGUUGAGGUCUCUUCUCUUCUCUGGGUAUGGGUCGAAGAGAUGGUUUUAUUCAAUUUUGUUGUUCUUUCCAGGUACUUAGAAACAGUGGAUUAUUUCUUGUUUUUCAUUCUCUGAUGAUUGUUAUUAAAUAUGUUUUUUCCUUUUUAAGAGAAAUUUAGUUUUGAGCCAGGUGGGCUGUUGGGGUUUUUUCAGUUUUGUGAAACUUUGGGCAGUCAGGAGCUCUGGACUUGGCAGGAAGCAUUUCCUUGGCUAUUUUUGUGGCCACCUCGGCUUUGAACAAGCAUCUGGACUUUAUCAGGAUGAAAGAGCUUUGUUUUAAAAACAACUCUUGGCUCGCUGUGGUUGCAUGUGUCGGGAGCUGGAAGAUGUCUCUGCCCAAGGAAGCAAAUUUCCCUUGGGCAUUGAGAGGGCUUUUUCUCAAUCUUGUCUGCAAGAGGGGAUGGCUCCCCAUCAGUCAGAAAGGAUCUGCACUGGUCUCCCAGUGCCCCAGCUAACAAAUUACUAAAGCUGGAGGGGUGGCAAGCAGUCCUUGCAGGCUGGCUGAGGCUGGGCCAUGAGGAUAUGGGAAGCCAGAGUGCUCAGGGUGAGCUGUUGUCCAGUGUUGGGCACUUACCUUUCCCCACACUAACUACCAUUUAUGCUAAACAUGCUGCCCAAGGAGGAAAAACAAAAUCAAUUAGAACUGCAGGAGCCCAGACCAACUGGUGGGGAUUAGUGUGAGCCAUUUAGGAAGCGUCCAAACUCCAACAAGAUGAGUAAUCGCAGUAUGGCUUUGCUGGGCUCGUCCUGCUCAAGGUUAAUUACACAAUGCAGGGGCUGGUUGAUGCCAGGCUGGCAAAAAAAGGGCCUCUUGAAAGGUGGUAGAGAUUGCUGGCAGCAAAAGAAGCUAAUUUAUUCAUCAGCACUCUAUUGGCCUCUCUGUUUAUGUUGCUUAUGAUGGCUGAUGGGAGACAGAACUUCAAGGUGUGUGGAUGUUUCUGGCAAGCCUUCAAUGAGCAGGAAAGUGCCUGUAACCUGCUGAAAACUUUCUUCACCUACUUCUUGCUGAGUGAGAGAGAGCAGGUCUGGCAUUGCUCAUGCACUUAAGACUGCAUGUCCUCUCUUGCCCAGCAGCAGGGGAGCUUGGAGAUCUGUGAGGAGCAAGAAGCAUUUUUUCCUUUCUGUGAGGGACCCACCACCUUUACACUCCAUGGGUACAGUGAGAGGGCUGGAGCAGGUUUGCCUUGAGGUGGACUCGAUAUUCUCAGAAUCAUUUAGGUUGGAAAAGACCUCUAUGAAGGGCAGGAAUACUGGGAUGCUGCCAAGCACACCUAGCUUGGCCCUUAGGGGAAGCAUGGCACAUCCCUUGGGAUGCUUGCGGGCACUCCAGCGCUGUUCCUUUUGCCCACCUCUCUGAAACCUUCCCUCUUGUUGCUGGUGCUCAAACAGACACUUUGGGAAGCCUGGAGUGUUGGGCAAGGUGCCCAAAGUGACAGCUUUCAUGAGGGAAGGAAAAUGUCACUGGAAGAACGUGCUGCCAAGCCAUGUGCCCACCACAUGUGGGAAGGGACAGUUGAGCAGGUGGGCAGCACCUCCCUGGGGGGGCUGGGAUUGACCUGGGUUUGGGUCCUGUCACAGGUGGACCAAAGCACGGCCUGGUUUGAAUAUUCCUCUGUUUCUGGUUCUGCUUUUCUUAAAUUUGCUCAUACUGCAGAGAGCACAAGAUUUUUGCAUCACUUACCAGGAGCACGAAUCCCAGAGCCUCGCUUCUCCCCACCCCAGGGAUGGUCCUGCUUUCUUCAGAGGUUCCCUCUCUCCUCAUGUUAGCUCAAACCCCUGCUCUCCAACAGCCCUUCUCUUCAGCUGGCUCCUGAGAUCUCCAUACAUAUAUGCAGUGAAAAAACCCCUUACAUUUAUGUGUAUAUUAUACAUUUGCCCUUGUGGGAUGAAAGUUCUCCCACAAAACCUGCCCGUCAACACCAGAAAGCACCAGCUGCCACACUCCUCCUUGCAGUCCCAGCAGGAUCAGGUUUGUCUGAUUCAGUAACAGUUCCUUAAUAUUCACCACAGUGAUGUAACAAACACAUUAAUAAGUACAGGUAGCUCUAUAUUUUACAACUCCUCACCCUGGGCUGCCCAUUUCAGACACAGCGGCCCUUUGUUCGGGAGGGAAUUCUGAUUCGUUCCCUGUUCAGUGUUUUCAUAGCACUGUGCAUGUUCAAAGAGCCACGCAAGUGGCUUAAGAGGCUAACACAAACCUUGGGUUAAUUCAUAAUACUGUUAGUUACUCAGCACAAUGCCCGCAUUAAUCCAGCUGACUGCGCCUCGCCACGUUGGGAAACACAUGCUGAAAUCAGCAGGGAGCACAGAAAACAAGCGUGGGAGUAGGAUGUUAAGUACUUUGCCAGCCCACUAGGUAGAAUGCGAGCACCUUAAAUGCGUUUAAAAUAUUUUACCGUGGCCUCGCUCCGCAGCUGAGGAGCUGGAGCACGGAGGAGGCUGCGCCCGCCAUCCCCGCAGGCCUGGGAGCGCGAGGGACGGGGCUGUGAGCCCUCCAAGGGACGCUCCAGACACUUCAUCGGGACUCAGCCCCUACCUGCAGCCACUUUUUUCCCUUUUUUUUGAGUCUAUUCAAACUGAUAAAAGCAGAAAAACCAGGGUUUUUUUCCUUUAAAACCUGCUGAUCUCAUCGCAGAGCUGGACUGUGCGUGUCUGCCAUGAGCCCCCACAAUGCUUCCUCUCUCCGGGGACAUAGCCUGGAGCUAUUAUUACUCCUUUUGCUUACUCUCAGAAACUUUCCUAUGCAAAGAAACCCUAAGAAAAGAGCUUCAGAUCCCUGCUGUGUUCCUUUCAUCUGGCUCAGGAGCUCCCUAGGUUUGUGCCUUUUCCUGCAGUGCCAGAAGCCAUCCCACAGCUGCUGCUGAACCUCCUCCUUUUCCAAAGGGCCCCAAAUAACCCAUCUGUUCCAAAAGAUGGUGGGUUUUUUUUCAGACAUAUAAGGCUUUUAGCUACCCAGUACCCUUUAGACAGCAUCAAACACCUCUAGGUUUUCUGGCUGGCACUUUACCUCCCCUAAACUUGCAUAUUUAUAUGGCACAACAUUUAAUAUAACAUGCUGAGGUGGACCAAAAAUGGGCACCUAUUCCCGGGACCCAUGUGUCUCAAACCCCAAGUUUCUGCAUUGAAAUACCAAGGAGUAAACUACUAUAAAGUAGUUGAAUCUGUUGCACAAUAAAUUAUUGAGUUUAUGUAUAUUUUAAUUGCAAAUCACUGCUAUAAUUAGCAUGGACACUUCUUGGGCUGAGGCGCCACAACGUGCUUUGACACUGAGCAUUAUUAACGGGCUGUAAAAGGCAAUGGGGAAUUGGAUUAUAAUGUUCUUGUUUUGCAAGU